GUUUUGAAUGAUGAAUUAUUUGAGGCAGUAAAGUUCUCAGGACGACGGCCACAAACACCAUGUCAUCUAAAUCCUCCCUUCUUAAAGUCAUUCUCCUGGGCGACGGUGGAGUGGGAAAGAGCUCGCUCAUGAACCGCUACGUCACUAACAAGUUCGACGCCCAUCUCUUUCACACCAUCGGCGUGGAGUUCCUCAAUAAAGACCUGGAGGUGGACGGCCGCACGGUCACGCUGCAGAUCUGGGACACGGCGGGUCAGGAGCGAUUCCGCAGCCUGCGGACGCCCUUCUACCGCGGCUCCGACUGCUGCCUGCUGACCUUCAGCGUGGACGACAGCCAGAGCUUCCACAACCUCAACAACUGGAGGAAAGAGUUCAUCUUCUACGCCGAUGUCAAGGAGCCCGACAGCUUCCCGUUCGUGCUUCUGGGCAACAAGGUGGACGUGACGGAGAGGCAGGUGACCAGUGAGGAAGCUCAGGAGUGGUGCAGGGAAAGCGGAGGAUACCCGUAUUUCGAGACCAGUGCCAAAGACGCGACUAAUGUCGCGGUUGCAUUCGAGGAAGCCGUCAGAAGAGUUCUGGCUUUGGAGGAUCGACACGAGCAUUUGAUUCCAACAGACACCGUUAACCUGCAUAGAAAGCCGCGCAGCAGCACAUCAUGCUGUUAACGGACGAGAUUGACCUCCAUUAGCUAUUUAAUGGUCCUUGAGUGAAGCAUCUGCAUUAUAUUUGAACAUGCACUUACUGGAAUACAUGCACUUACUACUAAACACUGGGUUGCUUUCAUUGGGUGACGUUCUUGUAUCUGAACUGAAAUGCCUGAAUUUAAAUGAUUCUGUGCAAUCAGAUGUCUUCUAUAUAUAUAUAUAUAU